AUGUCCUCUGGGGGCUUGACUCGCCGACGAGGCGGCGGUCGAGCCGCUGGCGCAGACGAGCAAGAUGACAGCCGCGUAUCAUCGCCUGUCUCGAGGAAUGGUUCCGCGAUGGACACUCGCGGUCCGGAGACUUCAUUCACCAGCGCGGAGAAUGGGCACAAGAUCGCAUUCGAUCCCCGCGACCUCAGCGAAACCGAAGAACGAAGCAAGCAACCGAAGCUUACCCUGAUGGAGGAGGUGUUGUUGCUGGGAUUGAAAGAUAAGCAGGGCUACCUGUCCUUCUGGAACGAGAACAUUUCAUAUGCCCUGCGAGGGUGUAUCGUUAUCGAACUUGCGCUCCGCGGCCGUAUCAGCAUGCAGAAGGAUUCGUCGCGGCGACGCUUUCCCCUGGCCGACCGCAUCAUCGAGGUCGUUGACGACACAUUGACCGGCGAAGUCUUGCUGGACGAGGCGCUGAAGAUGAUGAAGUCGAGCGAGAAGAUGAGUGUGAACUCUUGGAUUGACUUGAUGAGUGGUGAGACCUGGAACUUGAUGAAGAUUGGAUAUCAAUUGAAACAAGUGCGCGAACGAUUGGCCAAGGGCCUUGUGGAUAAGGGCAUUUUGCGAACCGAGAAACGCAACUUCCUUCUUUUCGACAUGGCGACGCACCCCGUGGCCGACGGCGGUGCCAAGGACGACCUUCACAAACGGGUGCGCAACAUCUGCACCAACCGCACAGUGAUCAUCCCCCCUAGCCCGUGGCUCCCCGAGGACGCCGAGUUCCGCUACCUUCGUACGGUGACGAUGGUGUGUGCUGCUUAUGCAGCCAACGUCCUGGAGAACGCGCUUGUGACUAUGAGCCAUGAGGCUCGCGAGAGAGCAUUUGCGCAGGUGGAUGAGCUUUUGGCCGAAUACUCGCAAUGGCCAUUCGCUCGCCGGACGGGUGGUUCGCAGGCGAUCGGAGCCAACCUGGCCCAGGCGAUCAACGAGGAGGUCAACCGAGGCAAUAAGGACCGCGAGCUCCAGUUGGAGAUUGUUGCGGCGUGCCUGAGCGUCUUCACCAGACUUGAUUCCUUACUCUGA